CAUUCAGAGUAAAAACUCAAAUUUCCCAGAGACUUUAAAGUAAACUCACUGCGUUCCGUUCCCAUGGGAACAGAUGAACUCUAAACCAGUACUGCAGGGCUAAUCUUAUCCAAAGUGAAGAUUGCAGUAACAUGAGGAGGAUCAUUGCUGAAGAUCUAGACUGGUCACUGGCUACAGUGUCCAGUUUGUCAAACCUCUCUCUCCAGUGCAUAGUGAACAACUUUGAAGAAAGGCCAAUAUAUGAAGAGCUUACAUCCAGUGAGAAGGACUUCAUUCAGAACAGAGUGUCCCUUUCCCUGCCUCUGCAUUUCGCAGCCAAUGUUUUCCCAGAUGGCGUUUACUGGAAGCGAUGCUGUGAGCAGAAGUGGAAAGUUUGUGACGUCUCUAAUUACGGCGAAAGCUGGAAACGAAUGUUUUUUGAAAGGCAGCUGGAGAACAUCAUUGAACUUUUCGUUCCAGGCAUAACAGAGCCAAAGACAGUUCUAGACAUGGUCACGCUUUGUAAAGACCACAUCAAGAAGCUAAACAUUGCUCAGCUUCUGCCACCUGUCAAGGAGCCGCAGACGGAGGAUGAGGAGCAAGCAUCAGAGCUGACACUUGCAAAUGAUGAUGAUAAAUCUGGUAUGGACCACUUUGACUUUAGGAUCUUGCUUGACAAGCUUACAAACCUGGAAGAGCUGCACUUGGUGUACAAAGUCAAAUCAUGUGGUAUGAACUUUGAAUGGAGCAUGUUUGAGAUGACCAACUGGGACUGUGAGUCCCUUGCCAAGGCACUUAAGUCCUGUAAGACAUUAAAGCUCUUUAGGCUCCAUCUAAGCCACCUUGAAGAUAAAAAGUGUCGUUUGUUGGUGAAAUACCUUUUAGACCACCCCUCCCUGCGCACUCUAGAUUUUUCUCACAACGUGAUUGGAGACAGCGGAGCCAGAGCCAUCGGCAAAUUGCUCACAAAGAGCAAGCUGGAGAUCCUUAACCUGUAUGACAACAAUAUUGGCGGCCCUGGGGCCAAGGCUAUAGCUCAUGCCUUGUCCAAGAACACAACUCUUGUGUCCCUCAACCUAUGUCUGAACCGUCUGAAGGAUGAGGGUGGUCAGGCUAUUUGUAAGGCCUUGUUGAACAACAAAACCCUACUUCACCUGCAACUGGGAGCCAAUGGGGUAACUUGGCUUACUGUGCUUUCCCUGUCUAGUAUGUUAGCACAGAAUAACACCCUGAAGAGCAUCAAUCUCUCCUGCAACACACUGGGUGAGGUUGGAGGGAACGCUUUGGAGGAGGCGAUGUCUCACAACACCAGUGUGACAGAAUGCAAUAUCCACCUGACAGACAUCGAAGAGCAGAGAGUUUCCGUCAUUAACCAAAUGGUUUGGAACAACCAGUUUAGAAAACAAGAAACAAACCCAAGAGAGAAGAAUACUGAGAAUGCCAACUGAUGGUUUUUAUAAUAUAAACCCAUCUUUAUCAGCCGUCUGUCUUUGCAAUAGAUGAACGUAUUCAUCUAAAACCACAAUAAAUGAAAAUAUGCAGCAAAAAUUCAACCAAAUUUGGUCUAAAACACAACAGAUGUAAGUGAGCCCUACAUUAAUUCUAACGUAAGAAAAAUGCAGGAUAUGAUGUGUCAUUAAGAUCUUUAAACUAUCUCAAAUGAGUUGUCUGAUAUCUACUUAAUUCAUAAUGAUUGAAGCAGAUGAUUGGUUGCUGGCAGACCAGGUCAUGUAUCAAUCAUGGGUAUCCUGCGCUGUCAUUAGUUGUUGUUUCAAACAGUCUCCUGCAAGUUGAGCAAAGUUUAUAUCGGGAUCUACCUACUUUGCGUAGCCAGCAGGGGGAGGGAUCACAACAUCACAACUCACAUUUACUCCAGUUCGAGUAACAUUUCCAGAAAUCUUCCAGCUGAGACUUUUUAGACAAUGAGUAAGUGUGAAUAAAUAUGUCCUGCUUUGAUUCAUAUGAAGCAACAGGAACCAAUGAGCUUGGGACCGAGGGGAUGGACCAGCACACUGUUGCUUCUGUUCUAUUUACUACACUUGUUGACAGUAUCAAAAGUUUCCUUUGGCUGACAAACAUGCAACACUGGUUGCAUCAGUUGACCUCAGAUCAGUGAUCAUAGUCUUUCUGGCAUGUCUGUUGUGUAUUUUUAAACAAAUAGACCAGAUAUUUUAGUGAGCAUUUCAGUUUAUUGAGUUUUUUGUUCUACUUUGAUACACAUGUUUGGUAUUCAGUCCUUAUGUAACAUCAAGGCAACGUCGUGAUGGUGUUGGAAUACAUACAGACUUGCAUUGUUUUAUUUUUACCUAUAAUCUACUGGUAAAUAGUGUAACUCUUGAACUAGGCGGCAACAAAAUUAUCAGUCAGAUGUAAUUUACAGUCAUAGCCAUGAAUCAGGUGUAUGUCACAGGUGUCACACCUAAAAUCACAAAUCAGUCUCCAGAGCCAUUUGAAGAGAGGUUAUUCUGGACUAAUUUAGCCAAAAAGCAGAAAAAUCUAUGACAGAAUACUGAUUUAUUAUAUUUAGAUCCUUAGUAAUCACUAAGCAUAUGUUUAUGCUUAGAUAUACCUUAUCCCAAAGCAGUCAAAUCACACCAACAGCAUUUGUAUUUUUAAAAAAGUAUUCUAAAAUGAUUAAAAACGUGUUUGAAGGGAAACAAAACCAUCCCAAAACAGCCUUUUUAGGGGGACUGUUCUGCUUCUCUCCAUUUAAUAGCAACACAUCAAAUCUGUCCCUGCUCCAGUUAAGUGUGUGUUUGUGUGCAUGUGUGCACACAAUAUCCACAUCGACUGACAUUCUACACUCCUGUCUCUAUUUAUUUACAGUACAAAGCCAUCCUGCUCUACAAUGUUAAAAAUCCACAGAUUUAUGGAAGUAUAAAAGAUGAGGCCCAAAGCAUCAUUGAGUGAAAGAAUACAAAUCAUCGUACGAGCCUAAUCUACCUCAUAAGACAUGAUAACGGCUAUAGCUGCUUUCUUUGCAGAAAUGUUAUUCUAACAGUCAUCUAUAGAGGAAAAGUGUAUAGCUUUAAAACUUUCAGUCAGAUUGUAAUCGGUCAAAUAGCUUGUUUCUGUUGCUGCGUAAACAUUUCACGGGUAAACACUUUUUUCUAUUCUUACAUGGGACUAUGUAUGAAUAUCACAGUGAAGCCACCUGAGAGGCUUGAUGAUGAUGAUGAAGGAGAGAUUGUGAUGAUUUCAGAGUGGCACAGUGACUUUAGCAUUGACAUCUGGUGCAUCCUCCUAUAUUUUGAUUAACAUAACAAAAAAGACAUUUCGGUACAUUUAAAUGCCCCGUGGAGACUGCAUGCUGUUAUUUGUGUUGUCCUCUGAGUCAUGCAAGUCCACUUGAGUCUCUGACUUCUGACCAGCACGAGCUUGGUUGUGAUCCAGUCCUUCACAGCUACAAAAUAAGUAAAGAAUCUGAAUGGGCUAAAAAUGAACUUGUUAGCUCAAUUGAUUCCCAGCCAUUUUAGCUCAGAUCACUGACAUCUGUUCUGUGAAUAGUUUACCAUACACACUGGAACCACCGAAAAUAGAGAUGUAUAGAGAGCCUAAAAUAAUAACUUGCCAUUUGUACACUUCAGUUUUUCUGUGAUUAAACUAAUUUAUUUCAAACACUUGUCAUAAAUGUCCCCCUAUCUCAAGAUUUCAGGUGAGAUUUUGGUGUUAGCAUCUUGAAUACAGGAGCCUGAAGCUGUUCAUAACCCACCGCGUUAAGUUGUUAGAGAGGUAAUAUGAGACGUAUUAUUCUGAAGAGUUGUUUUGUUUUCUUUGAUAAUGCAGAUGUUUUUUCUAGUGGAAGAUUUCUCUGGUAAUAACCUCUUUUUCAUGCUAAGAUACCGCAUUUUUCUUGUAUUUCAUGGUGGAAUCAAUUUUAGCAAAAAUCGACUUUAAAACGUUGCAGUUUACCGAACCUUUACACACAGACUAAGUGAUGGAUUUAUGAAUAGCGAGUGCAGAAGUGAAACUCAAUGACUGGAGAUGUUUGCAUCUGCACCUCCGCCUUCUUUAUGUGCAGAUGAGAACAUGAGUGAUUAUCGGGAUGUUGUUGCAAGCAGAAUCGUUGACCUGAAUGCUAUCCUGAGUUUGGGGUGAGGUUGCAUAGAUGACCUUGAGUUGUGAAAACAGGUUAAAAUUGUUAGUUAAAUGUGACUCAGUCUGUUAUGAGGGGGUUGUGUCUCAGUCCACAGCUCCAAACACAACAACACACAUGGAAUGUAAUGAGUAUGGCUGAUUGAUCACUUUAUCGGGAAGGCAAAUCUCAACACCAAAUGUCUAAACGCAGGUGAGGUUCAUAGUAUUCAGUGAUGGCCGUAAUGGCAGUAUGAUCCAUGUAUAUCUGUUGUUAUGGACGUCCUCUAUGCUUAACCUCCAUUCCUUCAAGUGGCUAAAUGACUGUCCAAAAAUAUUAAGGAGUGCUGGAAGAAAUAAACCAAACUUUGAGCGAUGGGUUGUGCUGCGGGGAGUGGCUUUUGUCACUGUUUGCAUUAAACACUGCUUCGGUUCUUGGCUGCAAAAGUAAAUUUCCCAUCAGAUACCGCAUGCACUCAGCUGAGAGGAAGUAGGUUUUAGUGUUUUAAAGUAAUCCUUUUAUAUAAUUAAAUCUGACACUAUCAGUAGUGAAUCCAGGCCUCUGCCUAUUUCGAGUGUUUUCGAUGGCCAGCUCUCUAGCUGUCUCUCUGAUAUGCAUCAGCAGCAGCAGCACAGGGCUGGCUGUGUGAGUAAUGUGAAAAA